CCACCAUUCCUUCCAAAAGCUUACUUCUCUCCCUCUCGCAUGCUUCUUCCUCUCCUCCUCUAAUCCCUUCCUUUCCCACCCCCCAAAAAUGGCGGUACUCACUCUCUACCCAGAAUCCACCACCCCCAAACACAAACCCAAAACCCCAUCCUCCACUCCCCGCCGUUCCCACCACCACCACAACAAAACCACCGCCACCAAGACCAAGCCAAUCAACAAAAAGCUCCCAAAACCCACUAAACACACCAACACCAAACCACCCCCUUCCUCCUCCUCCUCGUGGGACCAUUUCAAGAACCUCCUCACCUGCAAGCAAAUCGAACCCUCCGCCGUCCACGACCCCGCAGCUUCCAAACCCAAUUCCAAUAAGCUCGCCUCCUCCUGCGGCUCCAUCUGCAGCUUCCGGGACGUCGUCCACGGCAACACGCGCGUCGUCCACCGCGCCGACAACUCCCCCGACACCAGCUCCCUCGGCAACCACCACGACCGCAAACCCGCCGCCGCCGGAGGAGGACGCCCUUCGCCGUCCUCCUCCUCCAGGUCGCUGAUCGCUCCGGCUACUACUCGGUCGUCCUGCAAUAAUGCUAAUACGGCGUCGUCUUCCAGAGGGAUGCAAUUCAGGAAGCUCUCCGGUUGCUACGAAUGUCACACCAUCGUUGACCCCAGCCGUAUAUUAUUCAGGUUUCCAUCUCCAAGGACCACCAUCUGCGCUUGCUCGCAGUGCGGUGAGGUGUUCCCCAAGAUCGAAAGCCUGGAACUCCAUCAGAAAGUUCGCCACGCCGUGUCGGAGUUGGGCCCGGAGGAUUCGGGCCGGAACAUCGUGGAGAUAAUCUUCAAGUCCAGCUGGAUGAAGAAGGAAAGCCCAAUCUGCGUGAUCGAGCGGAUCCUCAAGGUCCACAACACCCAGCGCACCAUCCAACGGUUCGAGGACUGCCGCGACGCGGUCAAGUCACGGGCGCUGACCAGCACGCGCAAGAACCCCAGGUGCGCCGCCGACGGCAACGAGCUGCUCCGCUUCCACUGCACUACGCUCACGUGCUCCUUGGGCGCGCGUGGCGCGUCCAACCUGUGCGGCGCCAUCCCCGGAUGCGGCGUCUGCACCGUCGUCCGCCACGGGUUCCCCGGGAAGGAGCUCCGUGGGGUCCGCACCACGGCGAGCAGCGGCAGGGCCCACGACUCGCUGGUCGGGUGCGGCAGCGUCGGCCGGAGGGCCAUGCUGGUCUGCCGCGUGAUCGCCGGGAGAGUGAAGCGCGUGGCGGGGGAUGAGGCGGCGGCGGGACAGCAGGAUGAGGAUGGUGUUGGAGGUGGUGGCGGCGCGUACGAUUCGGUGGCGGGUUCCGCGGGUGUGUACUCGGGGUUGGAGGAGUUGUUUGUGUUCAAUCCGAAGGCCAUCCUGCCUUGUUUCGUUGUGAUUUACAAGGCUGUGGAAUCGUGAUUAAUUAAUUAACUCUGUUAAUUAAGAUUGAAUUAGACCCUGCUGCAACCGUUAAGAUGGAAACAAAAAUUAGGCGCUUUUUAUGUUUUUGUUUUUUUGUGUACUGAGUUUGCAGAGAGGGUUCGGGGCAGCCAGUAAUGAUGAAGAGAUGUGUAAAUAUUAUUAAUGAAAUGGAAUAUGAAUCAACAGCUCAACUGCACGCGUGGUUGUUAAACUGUUCUUCUUCGCUUUUGCCCAU